AUCGGACAGAGCGAGGCACCUUUACUUAUUCAACCAUUCCUGAAGGAUAUGACAAAUUCGGAGCUUCACGCUGUUCUGACAGGAGGGUUCGCCACUAUAGCCGGAAGUGUCAUGGCGGCGUACAUAGCGAUAGAUGUGCCCGCUAACCAUCUCUUGUCCGCCUCUGUCAUGUCCGCACCCGCCGCCCUGGCUAUGUCCAAGCUGAUAUGUCCGGAGACUGAGGGAAGCAAGUCUGACCCCGAGAAGGUUUAUAACAUGGAGGCGAGCCCAGAAAGGAAUGUUAUCGAAGCUGCUUCAAAUGGCGCCUCCCAGUCCAUCAAGCUGAUAGCAAACAUUGCUGCGAACCUGAUUGCCUUUAUUGCUGUUUUGGAGUUUAUCAACGCUACGCUUGAUUGGUUCGGUUCACGUGUAGGACUGGAGGAACCUGACUAUGAAAGAUUGACAUUUCAAGUAAGUUCGUCAUAACAUCCUCGUGUCAUUACUAAAAUGAUUAUUCAAUGAUGAUGUAAGUAACUUAUGUUAAGCGGGCCACGUAGAGGGAACCAAAAUAGCAAGGAUACUAUUGCUUCUAGGUAGGUCUCUAACGGAUUGCUGAGCACCAAUGACAUAGCCUUUAUUGUUGACACAUUACAAGUAUCCCCGGAGAUACAAGAGAUACUGCUGCAGGUCACAUCUGAACCCUACUACACUGUGUAUCAACAUUUAUGUAAACAAUCCUGUACAAUGUUCAGAUAGUAAUUGAUACAAUUCGCACAUAUUUCGUUCUACCAAACCUGCAAUCUUUCUAUGUUGACAGCCUUGCCAAUUUUUCAAAUCAGUUUUAAGAUUCAUCUUUCAGAAUAAUAGUUGCGAUAAUUCGUUUUCUUAUAAUCUGUGGUUAGGACAAAAAGAUGGCGUUAACCCUGUAUGAUGCAGUGUAAUUCAUUUUUGGCAUACUGUAUCUGUUACAAACUUUUCGAAGGUGCACUUACCUGUGUGUGCGUUACGUUCAUCUGUAUGUGUGUGAUACGUUCAUCUAUCUGUGUGUGUUACGUUAAUAACUUUAUGUUACGUUCAUCUG